AUGGUUGAAAGUGAGGCAAAGGCAAAAACUAAAUUCCGCUUUGAGGAAAUCUUCAGACGUCACGCAGCCCUAACAGACAGAAAGAAAUCAAAGACAGAAGAGUUUCACUCUCAAGAGAAUAUUGUGCUUGACACCUUUAGAAGUAAUAUUGAUCUAGCUAAGGAAAGUGUGAAUGAUGAGGCAAUUAUAAACAAUACAUAUAAUCCUGAAGAAGAGAGUCCCCGAUUUACAAAAAAUAAACUGAGAGAGAAAGCCUCAAUUGCAGAGAAAAUAAACAAUGAUGUUGUUAGUGGAGAGGAGAACAAGCAACCUAAGUCUAACAAGAAGAAAAAGAAAUCACUGUUACAAGAACAAUUUAAUGAGGAGGAAGAUUUAGAUGAAGCUAAAUUGGAGAGUUUUGAGAAGAAGAUUAAUGAUUUCCCAAAGAAGAAAAAAAAAAGUAAAUCACAAACAGAUGGACCUGGUCAAGAAAGUGAUAGAAAGAUUAAAAAUUCUUUGACUGAAAUGAGAAAUGUAACUGAAUUGGAAGAGGAAGAAGAGCUAAUUCGAGCCUAUCAGCUGCAUGUGGCUAAGGAUGAGGCAAAUGCAAUUAAAAAGAAAAUAAGAAUGAAACUUAAAGAACAGAUGUCUGAAUUUACCUCCAGUAUUCAAAGCCAUGAAGUUGUAUUGAACAAUGAAGUUGGCAAAAAGAAGAAAAAGAAGAAAGAAAUAGUUUCAAAUGAAGCUGAAACAAGUGCAAUGUCCCUUUCUGAGCUACAGCAUCGUCCAGCAGAAGAUGGUCAUGAAAAUCAGUCAUUGGAAAGACUAGUUACAUCAGAAGGACAUGAACUGGAGGAGAGCAUGGAAAAACAGAAGCGUAAAGCAGUGAAGGUUAAAAAGAAAACCAGAAAAGAAGAAAACACAGAAGUUGCUGCAGAAAAUGACAAGGAAGUGAAGAAAUCAGUAAUUUCAACUCAAUCUAAACUAAGUUUUGAUGAUGAUCUUGUGUUGGGAGUUUAUAUCCAUCGAUCUGACCGACUUAAAACUGAUCUCCUGCUAUCUUGUCCCAUGGUUAAAAUCCAUGUUGUUGAUCAGAGAAGUGGCUUAUACGUCAAGAAGGAUCAUAGCGAGAGGAAAGUUUCAUCUCAUGAUGAACAGGAACACAUAGAGCAUGUUCUUCCUAUUAUGACACAACCAUAUGACUUCAGGAAGUCUAAGUCAACAGUUCCAGAGUGGGAGGAGCAAGUCAUAUUUAAUGAGCGUUUUAAUUAUUUUAUUCAAAAUACUGAAGAAAGCCCUCGAGUAAUACUGUUUUUUGAGAUCCUUGAUUGUCUAAGCAAGGAUAAAGUGAGAGCCAGCUCUGAUGUGCGAAUUCAGGAACGUGGUUUCCGAAAAAUUUGUUGGGCGUUUCUAAAGCUUCUAGGUGCAAAUGAAGUUCACAUUGAUGCAAAACUCCGUCUGCAAUUAUAUUACCCGCCCCCAAGGACCAAGUCACACUCAAAUGUUGUUGAGGUUUAUGACUGGUGGGCAAAGUGUCCUAGAAAUCGCUACCCAUCAACUUUGUAUGUAACUGUAAGAGGCAUAAAACUACCAGAACAUGUUGCUCCUUCAUUCUGCUCUAUUUUGCAGGAACAAAGUAAUGCAACACUAUGUGAGGUCCAGAGAGAGGGAUCUAAAAAAUCGUGUGAACCUUUUUCAGAGGAGAAGAAGGAGCCAUUUAAAUGGACAAGAUUGCCUGGACAGGUUUGCCGCAUACCGAACAAGCAUCUCUUUUCCCUACGAGGUGGAGAUAUGGGCUGUUUCUGUGUUGGUUUCUCUCAUGAUGGGAAAACACUGGCAGCAGCAUGUGCAGGGAGGAAUGGCUAUCCCAUUGUUUUGUAUGAAAUUCCUUCUGGACAGCUCCUGGGAGAAUUUUAUGGUCACCUUAACAUAGUGUAUGAUCUUUGUUGGUCAAAAGACAAUCAGUACCUUCUUAGUGCAUCAUCUGAUUAUAUUGUCAGAAUGUGGAAAAUAGAAAUGCAGGUGGCAUCUGCAGUGAGACUUUUCCCUCAUCCUUCGUUUGUUUACACUGCAAAAUACCACCCAGUUGCUGACUGGUUGGUCGUGACAGGAUGUUACGACUCAGUGAUUAGAAUCUGGAAUACAAAUGGGAAAGAAAUCUAUGGGCAACUGCUACAGGAGCUUGAUGGUCACAAAAGUUUCGUCAACACACUUUGUUUUGAUGCAGAAGGGCUCCACAUGUUCUCAGGAGAUGGUUCAGGAAUGAUAAUAGUUUGGAAUACAUCUGUCAAAGGAAGUCGUCAACACCCAUUUCAACACUGGAGAAUUAAUAAGGAAAUAAAAGAAAAUGAUAUUAAAAGAACACCAGUAAAUCAUUUGGAGGUACAUCCAAAUGGAAGGCUUUUAUUAAUCCAUGCCAAAGACAGUACCCUGCGAAUCAUGGAUCUCAGAUUCUUGGUUACAAGGAAAUACCUAGGUGCCACAAAUUACGUAGAAAAAAUUCACAGCACCUUAACGCCAUGUGGCACGUUCCUAUUUUCUGGAAGUGAAGAUGGAAAGGCUUAUGUUUGGAAUCUAGCAACAGGAGAUCAGGUGGCCGUAUAUUCUGAACGGCCCUUCGCAUCUCCACUUCGUCAUGUUGCCUUUCAUCCACACGAACACAUGGUGUCAUUUUGUGCCUAUGGUAAAAACCAGCCGAUACUUGUAUACAUUUAUGAUUAUAAAG